CAACUUUAUUUUCUUAGCAGUUUUUUCCAUUUUUGCUGUUUGGUUGUCAUGUUUUCUCUGUUCCUUGUAAAAUUUUUUGUUGUUGUUUUCCAAAUAUUUCAACAUUUACGUUUUCCUUUUAUUGUAAUGUUAUUACUUUAUUCCCAUAUUUUCCAAUCCAAUCUACUUUAUGUAUAAAGCACAUUUUAUAAACACAAUUUCCAAAGUGCUUUACAAACUAGUAAAACAAUAAAUAUUAAAAAGUAAAAGUACAAACUAAGGCAACAAAAGCUAAUGAAUAAAAACAAACAUUUAGAACAAUAAAUACAGUGAGAAAAAACGUCAUUAAAAAACAAUUAACUUUUGACUUUAUUCUCAUAGUUUACGUUUUUCACAGCCUAGUUUUCCAAAACGUCCACCUUUAUUUUUUUUGUCUUGUUUUGUUUCUUAUAUAAUAUUAAAACUUCGGAAAAUUGAAUUAUAAUCACUAAUGAAUUUUUAACUUUACGUAUUAUAUAUAUUUUUUGUCAUUUUCUGUAUGGUAUUUUAGGACCUUCUGUAUUUCUGUAUGGAAUGUGGCACGGGCUGCAAAUGGCCCCCGGGCCACCCUUUGGACAUCCCUGCUCUGUGGGUUUCCCCACUCCUGACAACAACAAACAUCUCCAGUUUAUCUUUAUAGUCUUAUCCCGAGCGAGCGGUGCAAAGUACCUUUGCAUCGUCAGCCUUUUUUUGUGCUGUUUACGCUGGAGAUCUGUUUCGUUUCUGCCUCCCCGGCUGCCCCGCCGCCUUCUCAAGUGGUGAUUAUGCACAGUCAGCUUCACGCUACCGGAGAAGUAGCUUCAAUGUUUCCUUCCAACAUGCGGCGCGGCCUGUUUAGAUGAGGUGCUGACUAGCAUGUAAGUCAAGAGGCACCAAAAGCUGUGUCUGCGUGUGUGUGGGUCGGUGGCCGCACAUUCUCACUUCACAGCAGCCAGAAAACGUCAGCAAAUAUGCAAAUUGAAAAAAAGGAUCGUAAACACCACUUUUCCAUCGCAUGUGCAACAUGUCAGAAGCAGAGUUUAUUUCAUCCUGACACUGAUCCGUAGCUCGGCAGUCACUGCUUGUCUGUCCACUUCCUGUGUUUAAAUGUUCCCCUUCUCUAAUGUGGACAGAAAGGGAUUUUUACAAUAAAUUACUGAUAUGAAAUAGCUUAGAACAUAAUAAAUAGAAAAAUUAAAUCAACUAAAGAGAUUGUUGAUACAUGAAUUCAUAAAUACUAGAGUAAAAUUCCGUAUACGGUCGUUAAUCGCCACAUUGCACUUCCAAUUUCUUUGCUUCACUCUACUAGGGUUUUUCAAAAAUAGAUUCUUUCAUAAAUCAUGCUGCUUUGUGGUUCAAUAUGGCCUGUUAUUAGUCCAAAAAUAUGAAUAUUUAAGCAAAUGUUAACAUAGUUUUUACCUAAGUUUAGCAUUUUCAAGCACACAGGCGGCUAAAUGAACAAAAAUACAAACAUAAGGCAUUCAAAGACAUUGUUGAUAUGGAGCAUUGUACACUGGUCACUAGGUGUCAGUAAUGUUACCACAUUAUUGGAUGCGACACACAAGCACCAGACUUGAUGGCCGGAACAACAGGCUUUUAUUGCAGGCUUGAUUGAGCUCACAACAGGCACAAUAAUCCCUAAUAACAAUCCAUCAUAAAAACACGGCAUACUUUUACGGCUUUUUGCUACCGACACAAAGCUGAAACUUAACUCUGAACCCCCGACGCCACUUCCUGUCCGCCUCUUUCAGGUCGCAGGGGAACACAUUUAUAUUAACACACAUGAGCACUAGUCUUGUUUAUGUCUUAUUUUCUCCUAUGUUCACUAUGUUGGGUAAUCGGUCUAUGAAGGUGACUAUAAUGGUGUUAUUUCAUGUCUAGAGGGCUCUAAUCAUGUUAAAAGGUGUAUUUAGAAGGUUUUAAAAAGGUUUUCUGUGCUUUUAUGUCUUAUUUUCUCUUAUUGUGCUUACUAUGUUGGGUAAUAGGAGUGUAAAGGUGACUAUAGGGGUGUUAUUUCAUGUCUAGAGGGCUUAUAUUGUUAAAAGGCUUAUUUAGAAUGUUGUACACCAGUUUUGCUAUGCUCUAAUAUGUCUUAUUUUCUCUUAUUAUAUUUACUAUAUUGGGUAAUAUGAGUGUAAAGGUAACUAUAGGGGUGUUAUUUCAUGUCUAGAGGGCUGUAAUGUUAAAUCUGUAAUGUAUCUAGAAGGUCGUAAACAUGUUUUCUAUGCUCUGAUUAGCAAACUAUUCCAUUUAUCCAAUUAACCGCGGUAAAUGAGGGAUUACUGUAAUGGCAGAAUAUAACUUCUAAAUUUAUAAGUGAUGCAAACAGUAAAAAAGAAAAGACUUUUUUUAUGUGAAAAGUAAUACAUUGAAAAAAAAACGAACAAAUUAAGGAAUUUAUAUGAAGAAAAAAAUAAAAAAUAUAUAUAUAUAUAUAUAUAUAUAUGUACGGUAUGUAUAUAUAUAUAUAUGUAGUACAAAGAAUUAACAUAAAGGCGUUAAAAAGUAUGAGCUAUAUUGAAGUGAGAUGAGUGGAUCUGCACAUGUUUUUGUAUGCAAGCUAAUGUGAUGCAUGGCUCCCACAUGCUAAAUGGUGAUGGAUGUGCAUGUGGAUGUGUUCCUUUUUCAUAUGAAGCGGUGACACUGCCUACUCCUGGCCUGGAAUGCAUAUUACAGCAUUUUCACAGGGCACUGUAACACCCUGACAGCCUGACGAUACAGCCGUUGCUUGUUUGCCUUGGGGGAGGGUUACCACGUGUGUUUUCCAAAUGUUAGCGUGAGAUGUGGGAACGCUUGAGUUCCGGGAUUCCAACGUGACGCUCCUGAGGCUGAUGCUUGCAUGAUGUCAGCUGACAUGACACUUAACAUCUUUCAUUCUUGAAGGUCUUGGCCUUGAGGGGGGGCGACAUGCUUCCUGGCAUUGUGAGAUUUUUAACAGUGCAUAUGUUUUUUUGUUUAGCCUCCACAUGUUUGCAUGUCAAGCGCUUGUUUUUUUGUGCUGGAUGGAAUGGAAAGACAAUAGCCAAGCUUGGUGUCUAUUUUCUGGAAGCUUUUUGCUGGUGUUUAUUUUGUCGCCGGCCAUAAAACACCCCGCAUCUCUUUGAAUUCUCGCUUGAGAAUUGGUUCACCAUUGUUUUGCAGAGCUGUGAAGUCGGGUGUGGUGGCAAGAACACAGACGGCUGUGUCACUGGGCGCCCGUCCAAGAUAGUCAACUACUGUAAAACCUCCGACGUGCAACACAAAAGCAAAAUUGUUCACAUGUUGAAGCCGUUUUCCCAGAAAAGAAUAAAAAGAGAAAUAAAUGAUUAUAUAAUACAGUCCAAUAGAAUAGAGGAUAAGUAACAGUAAAGGUAAUACAUAGCAUAUUCAGUAACUAGAUUAAGCAACUUCAGUAUAAAUUGUGUGUGAAUGCUGAACUAAAUGUAGAAAUAAAUGUUGAAAUAUCCUCAAAAUACCUUGCAAUCUAUUCAUCGAACCAGCACCCCUCAGGUUAGGAGGACCGCUCUACCACCUGAGCCAUGCCACCCUGCACCGAAUAAAAAAAUGAAGAACAGUAGGAAUAGGAUCGAUUACACAAGGACUGACGAUUGAACGAGCAAGCACUGAGUUUGUCUAUUCGUUUUAGAGGACUAAAACCGGGGAUAUUUAAAAUGUUGCAAUGUAAAAAUGUGGACGGGUUACAUGAGGGCUGAGGAUCGAACCAGCAGCCAUUUCUGAAUUUGAAAUGUUGGAAUAUAAAAAUGGAGAACGAUUACACGAGGAUCGAACCAGCAACCAUUGAAUUAGUCUAUUAUCUAAAAACAGCGGAAUUUGAAAAAAGCAAAAAUGCGGAGUGAAUAAGUUGAAUCAGGUUGGGAAACAACCAUUCUACCUGCUUCUACCAGCAAUGUCACCCUGUAGAAUAAAAGGAAUGUUACAGGAAUUGAAAAUGUCAAAUGACUAUCCAUCAGUGGGUGGCGCCAAAUAAAUUCCCAUGCAUUUUCAAUGGGAAAAUUGCCACAGAAAAAAAUAAAUGUGGGAAUUUUGGGAUUUGUCAGACAAAAAAAUGAGGAGGAAUAAGAAGUAGAGACAAACAGACAAUGAAAAAUGAUAUAGCAUCUCACACGAAUACUCCAAUAAAGAAAUAGAUUUAUGAAGAUGGCGGUAGACUGUUUUCUGGUGGAAGAAGCCAAGCUUGUGGCUCGGCAUCCCAAAUAAGUGGUGAUUACAAAGCAGGGAAGUCUUUCAAGUCAAAAACUUGACAUUCCUCCUUGCCGGGCAACAAGUCUCCAGCGUGUUUGUAAAAGUGGCUGCCAAGCAGGGAAUGCUGGGGAGUGAAAGUGGGGGCAGGAGGAAAAUCAAAACAGCCCAAAAAGGACGCUGUGUGCGGUCUUUUUUUCAUUUUAUUUUGGUGAUUGUCCCCCUGCUUGGACAUCAAGAACAACAUGGAGACACUGACGGCCUUGGCUUAUCAACCUGGGACACACGUUGUCCAAUGGUUGUUUAGUCAUUUUUAUGUUUAUUUAUUUGGAAUUAUUUUUUGACACUUCUAUUUAAGUCAGGGGUGUCCAGACGUUUUCCAGCGAGGGUCACAUUCUGAAAAAUGAAAGGAUGCAACUUUGCCACUUCUCAGCUUCGUGGUCUCUUAAAUUUUCUUUUCAUAAUAUUAUGACUUUAUUCCCAUAAUAUUAUAAACUUUUUCCCCAACCCACUUUUCCAAAAAUUACAACAGUAUUUUGUUUUCUUUGUUUCUCAUUAUAUGAUCACUUUUUUUCCAUAUUUUGUCAUUGAUAUUUCAACUCUAUGCUAGUAAAUCAUCAUAAUAUUAGUUCAUAAAUCCACAGGACUUGAUGGAAACAGUCCUUUGUGCCAGGAGAUGGUAAUCACAUGAGGCGUGGAUGUUGAGACUGGUGUGGGAACUUUAUCUCCGCCAUUGGAAGGAUGUACAUUUGACACGUUUAUUCUCUGAAAAUUACAUAAUUAUAAUAUAAUUAGUAAUUAAUAAGUCAUUAUUAAUAAUAUAAUUUGUUUUUUGUUUUUUUUCUACUGUUGUUUCCAACUAACAACUACAUUUUCUUCUCGUAAUUAUGACUUCAUUCCCAUUAUAUUUGGACUCUAUUCUUGUGGACUCUAUUCUGCAAUGUAAUUUUCCAAAAGUGACAACUUUAUUUGCUCUUUUGUUUCUCAUAUUACCACUUUUUUCUUUACCGUAAUGUUAAAUUACUACUUUUUAAUAUGCCAGUAUUUAAUAUACUACUAAAAUGUUUCCUCAUAUUACGUUAUUCUCAUAAAAUUACAACCUUUUCUUGUUAGAUUACAUCUUUUUUCCUCUCAAUAUUUUGACUUUAUUUGUGUUAAAUUACUGCAGAUUUUUCCGUUUUUUUCUGUUUAUUUUUAAUUUUUUUUAGUUUUCAUGUUAAGUUAUAUUUUUUGAAUUUUGCCGCGGUCCAAUAGAAUUAAACAAAUGGCCCUCAGGCCGCACUUUGCACACCCCUAUUGGAAGUCAUUUUGAUUUGGUCAUUCAUUUUUAAUUCAGUCAGAUGUAAAUAUUUUCAACUAUCAGCACAUAUUGUAAAACAUACUGCAUUAUUCACCAGCGGGCUUAUAUGAUGGAUGUGGUGAAAAACAUAUUAUUAAUAUGAAAUAUGAUUUUGUAUUUCAAGUGACAGGAGCAGCAGACUGUAAUUUGUGUAUGCUUUUUAAAAAACAAAAUAACUUCCUGCACAUGCAGCAUUGUUGGUCCUGAUUCCUCCUUUUAACUGGGGGAGCGGACAAAGGAGGGGGAGGGGCGGGCAAGGAGGCGGAGCCAGCCCUGCUGCUCCGAGUCAAAGUACACAAGUGUGUGUGAGCGUGUGUGUGAUACCGGCACAAAGGAGAAGUGUCUGACUGAGAGUGCUUCCUCGAGAGGGACGUGGACGCUGAGAGGGUUUUUGGAGGUAGAGGACGGGGGACAGGAAGCCAACCCUGAGGACAAAAUCCGUCACAAGCGAGGAGGAGGACUGGGACGUGUGUGGAUAAUGCCAGGCUUCCCUGUUUGGAGGCUCCAACUUAGCAGGGUGCUUCUCAGUGUAAAGGCUCAGCAGGGGGAGGGGGACGGUGGAGUUCCCCCCUCACGCUUAUGAGGGAGCUCCUCACCAUGAGGGAACUCACACUUUAGGAGGAUACCAGAGGUGGGAAUCAUGUCGGAGACGGCCAGAAAAACCUUUUGAAUCCCCGGGACCGUGAGGCGCCUCAUUGUGCACCGGCAGAGCGCCGCCCAGGCCCCCCAAACCCUCAUCCUGCUCCUCUUGGUCUCCCACAAUGAACAACACGACCCUCCUCCCUGACAGCUUCACCCUGCCGGGGACCAGCAACGUCUCCUCCAGCAACUGGACCUGCAGCAAGAACGACGGCUUCAAGUACCCGCUGUACAGCACCGUCUUCAGCAUCGUCUUCGUGGUGGGCCUCAUCACCAACGUGGUGGCCAUCUACAUCUUCACCUGCUCCCUCAAGCUGAGGAACGAAACCACCACCUACAUGAUAAACCUGGUGGUGUCCGACCUGCUCUUCGUCUUCACGCUGCCCCUGCGGGUCUUCUACUUCAUCAACCAGAGCUGGCCCUUUGGGAGCGUUCUGUGCAAGGUGUCCGUCUCGCUCUUCUACACCAACAUGUACGGGAGCAUCCUCUUCCUCACCUGCAUCAGCGUGGACCGCUUCCUGGCCAUCGUGCACCCGUUCCGCUCCAGGACGCUGCGGACCAAGCGCAACGCCAAGAUGGUGUGCACGGCUGUGUGGGUGCUGGUGCUGUCGGGCAGCCUGCCCACGGGCUUCAUGUUGGACACCACCUCGCGCGAGAAGAACCUCGCCAACGCCACCUUCUGCUUUGAGAACUUCUCCUCCAACCAGUGGAAGGCCCACUUGUCCAAGGUGGUCAUCUUCAUCGAGACUGUGGGCUUCAUCAUCCCGCUGCUGCUCAACGUGUGCUGCUCCAUCAUGGUGCUGCAGACGCUGCGCCGCCCCCACAAGGUGAGCCGCGGCAGCAAGCUCAACAAGACCAAGAUCCUUCGCAUGAUCAUCGUGCACCUGUCCAUCUUCUGCUUCUGCUUCAUCCCCUACAACGUCAACCUGGUCUUCUACUCCCUGGUGCGCACCAAGACCCUGAAGGGCUGCUUUGUGGAGUCGGUGGUGCGCACCAUCUACCCCAUCGCGCUCUGCAUCGCCGUCUCCAACUGCUGCUUUGACCCCAUCGUGUACUACUUCACCUCAGAGACCAUCCAGAACUCCAUCAAGAGGAAGCCUCAGUUGGACCGGGCGUACGACGCCAAGUUCUCCGAGGCCCUGCAGUCGGAGUCCAGCUCCAACCUGCAGUGCAGCCUGAGGAAUCUCAAAGCCAAAGUUCUUCACAACGAGUCCUCGGUGUGAGCGUUAGUGAAGGGCAAAAUACGACCUCCAUCUUGGGAAACGUGCGUGGAAGUCCCGCUUUGGAUUUAGGAGGCCCGCACCGCUGGCCUCUCCGGCUGCUACAUACUGCAUACAGUACUGUCACUGCACGAGGAGCUGCAAGGGAACGUGAUCACUGAACUGUAGUCGCGUGUUUGUGUACUUUUGUGUGGUAAGUCACGGUGCUAGCUUUAGCGCCUCUUAAAUGAACAUCAAGGAUCCAAAAGCCUUUGUGCCUCCUUGGGAGGUUUGCUUGUUUCCACUUUGAGGCGAGUUCAUGCACUGAUUGUUCUGUCUAAAAUAAAGCGAUUGCACCAGA